UCACAAUUUACAACAAAAACAGUUUAAAAACUUGCAAGCAAGUACAAAGGCUAAAACCUCUAACAAAGAAGUGAAAACCCAAUAAACCAGCCAGGGCUCUCUUCCGAUCUCUGGUUAUAUACUUAUAUCUCUCUCUCAAUCUCUUUGGAAGCACCAGUCUUGGGUUAACAUAAAGCCUUGAAAAAGCCCCCACCUUUUCUCUUUCGUUUAUUUUUUUUCCCCUACUAUACUCUUGAAAUUAUUUUUUUAUCAGUUCUGUCUGAAAAAGUUGUGCUAACUAGCUAGGCUACCAUGACCACCCUCAACAAACUUACUUUAUCACUAUGAAGAAAAUAGCAUCUGGGUUUCACUCACUUCCGUACCUUUCUACUUCCUCUGCUUACUGAUUAUGAGAGAGAGAGAGGUUUUAUUAAAGUGAGUGUGUAAUGGGUGGCGGUGAAGUAGCACUAGCACCAAUAGUGGAUCCAUUAAACGGAGAGAGAGAGGAGCAAUGGAGACACUUGUACAACUCAGUCAAUGCGAUGUCAUUUGGGUUCGUGGCCACUGCUAUUCUCAUCUCAAUGUUCCUUGUCAUGGCUAUCUUUGAAAGGCUUAUGAGGACAAGAUCAACACAGUCCCGUGAAAACACACAUACGGAUCUCGAGGCACACAAUGGAAAGCUUGAUUAUCCAUCUCCUAAGAUGACAGUGUAUGCCAAAGGCGUAUCAGUUUUGAUGCCUGGUGAGGAGAUUCCUACCUUCAUUGCACACCCCGCUCCUGCACCAUGUCCUUCUGAGCGCAUGUCACUGCCUCUUCAUCAACAUAACUCGUUGUCCUUCUGUCCUGCCUCAAGGUCAUUACCAAGCUAAAUCCUUAACUAUGUGACUUGAUAAUAAGACAACUAACUAGAACAUCAAGGAUUUUCACAAUUCCUCAAAUCAAGCUCACAUUUUCAUGUAAUUUCUGAUCCUAAAGCAGUCUUGGUGAAUACCCGGUAAGUGAAAUUAGUGGAGCACCAGGAGUCUAAGAACGUACAUUUCAUCAUUAUGUGGGUUUUAUUUUUAUUUUUAAAUUUGAUUGUUGGCUAAGGGGACUUGGACGUUUUUAUUGAAAAUACCAGGAGGUGCCAAUUGAGCAACAAGGCCCUCGGCAUCAUUAUGUAAAUAUUUAGAUUAUGGAAAAGCAGGCUUUGAUUUUCUCUAACCAUGAUUCUAUAAAAAAGCCCAACUUCCUAAUGAUUUCUCAAUGGAUGUAUGGUUUGUGAA